GUUCAGCAUGAUGGCUGCGGAUGCUCCCUGCUGCAUCCCGCAUCCGCGCCAGCUCUCCCUCCACCUCCUCCUCCUCCUCCUCCUCUCCACCCUGCCGUUCCCCGCAUCCGCGCUGCUCGGUGUCCGACCAGAAGACACCCAGAACGGAGACCUGUCCGUGCAGGAUGGCGUCCUGAGAGCCACCGAGGGGACGCGCUUCAUGCUGAGGGUUUACUACUCCGCGUCUCCAGUUUCAGAACAUCCCAACAGCCCGAACCUUAGCGCCGCACCUGGCGCCCCGUGGAUCGCCUUCAUAGAGGAGCCCGGUGAGAGAGACGCGGAGAGGAACCCGUGUGAGGAGGAGAGCUCCCGAAGCUCUGACAUCGAGCUGCUGGGCUCUUUUAAAUCAGCCUCGAGUCACAACUCAGUUCUGGUCGAGCUGCUCGCCAAAGACCUGCGCAGAGAUGAGGUGAUCAAAUACUACUCCAUGUGCGCGUUUGACGGCGUCAAAUGGGAACACUUCAGCACCAAAGACUUCUGGCUGGCUGUGGUUGAGAGACCUCCAGAGGCUGAUGUGUGGCUGCAGGCGGGUGUGUCUGUGCUCCUGCUGGGGCUGUCAGCUCUCUGCAGCGGUCUGAACAUCAGCAUGCUGGCUCUGGACCCCGUGGAGCUGCGGGCCCUGCAGAACAGUGGCACGGAGAAGGAGCAGCAAUACGCGCGGAAAAUCGAGUCCGUGCGUAAACACGGAAACUACAUCCUGUGCACGGUGGUGCUGGGCAACGUGCUCACCAACACCUGCUUUGUGGUGUGGAUGUGCCAGAUUUUAGGAAUGACUGCCCUCUCGACUGCCUCGUGCACUUUGGGGAUAUUCUUUUUUGGAGAGAUCUUACCUCAUUCCGUGGCGUCCAGGCACAACCUCGCCAUCGCCUCCAAGACCCUCUGCGCCACCCGCCUGCUGAUGCUGGUGUUUCUCCCCAUCGCCUACCCCGUCUCCAAGAUUCUGGACAUCAUGCUGCACCAAGAAAUCAGCAACUUUUACACCAGGGAGAAGCUGAUGGCCAUGCUGCGUGUCACAGACCCUUACCACGACCUGGUCAAGGAGGAGCUCAACAUCAUCCAGGGAGCCCUGGAGCUGAGGACCAAGACGGUGGAGGACGUGCUCACCCCGCUGUCAGACUGCUACAUGCUCUCCUCGGACGCCCUGCUGGACUUCUGCACCAUGUCGGACAUAAUGCAGAGCGGAUUCACGCGCAUCCCGGUCUACGAGAACGACAGGUCCAGCAUCGUGGACAUCCUGUUCGUCAAAGAUCUGGCCUUCGUGGAUCCUGACGACUGCACUCCGCUGAAAACCAUCACUCAGUUUUACAAGCAUCCCAUGCACUGCGUCUUCAGCGACACCAAACUGGAUGUGAUGCUGGAGGAGUUUAAGAGAGGUAAGUCUCACCUGGCUGUGGUGCAGAGAGUGAACAGUGAAGGUGACGGAGACCCCUUCUAUGAAAUGAUGGGCAUCGUCACCCUGGAGGACGUCAUUGAAGAGAUCAUCAAGUCUGAGAUUGUCGAUGAGACAGACCUCUACACUGACAAUCGGACCAAAAGGCGAGUGUCCAACCAUGAAAGGAAGCAGCAGGAUUUCUCUAUUUUCAAAGUAGCCGAAAAUGAGCUGAAGGUGAAAGUCUCGCCCCAAUUGUUGCUCGCCACUCACCGCUUCCUGGCUACAGAAGUGGAGCCUUUCAGGCCGUGUCACCUGUCAGACAAGAUCCUGCUGCGUCUCAUCAAACACCCCUGUGUUGUGCAGGAGCUCAAAUUCAACCCCAAGUGCAAACUUGAUCCUCAGCACUACCUCUAUCAAAGAAACAAGCCAGUUGACUAUUUCAUCCUGAUUCUGCAGGGACGGGUGGAGGUAGAAAUAGGAAAGGAGGCUCUCCGGUUUGAAAAUGGAGCAUUUUCCUACUAUGGCAUGCCAUCACUCAUCCCACCUCUGACUACUGCUCACAGGUACAGCUCUCGAGGGAGCAGCCUGAACCAGUCUGAUUUAUUGUUGAGUGGAGGCAGCGUGGGUCAGCUCACAACAGGAGGGGCCUAUUUACCGGACUACUCAGUUCGACAACUCUCGGACCUGCAGAUUAUCAAGAUCACCAGGAAUCACUACCAGAACGCGUUAACUGCCACCCGAAUGGAAAGCUCCCCUCAGACUCCCGAUGCCCUGUAUCCCAACGCCAAAGCGAGGCCUCCAGGUCCGGAGGCUCGCUCAAACAGCAUCGCCCUCCCCUUGAUGAGCACGCACACACGACUGGGGCUGACACGCUUUGCACACCUCCAUCCUCGUGUCGACCUUCGCAACACCUCCCAACUCAACGAGAGAAACCGGAUUGUUCGUAAGUUUUACACGCGCGUACUGGACCGAAGCUUUCUGACCUUGUUGACGACCUACGCCCGUUUUUGGAUUUCGCCUUUGCCUCUCCGUAUCGGUACUGUCUCCUCUUCGGAUCCCAUGUAUGAACCCUGCUCAUCCUCGACUACGCCUCUGGACUUCCCUUGGUCUCUGCAGCUCUGUAUCUCUGCUGGAGCGCCCCGUUACAACAAGAAAGUUUAG